AGAGUACAUACCCUCCCCUUUAUCUAUGGCCGGCAUUGAGCACCUUGGAGAGCGUAUUGUUCGUAACUAGAGCUAGUCGCAUUGCCACGAGAGAGAGAGAGAGAGAGAGAGAGAGAGAGAGAGAGAGAGAGAGAGAGAGAGAGAGAGAGAGAGAGAGAGAGAGUUAUUGUUGCGAUCCAAUAUUACCAUGGGGAAGAUGAGUUGCUUUGGAGUUGUGCUGGUGGUGCUGCUUCUCCUGCACCCAUCUCGGGAAGGAGUGAUGGUGGCGGAGGGGAGAGUGUGCGCGUCGAAAAGCCACGGCUUCAAGGGACCCUGCGUCCGCGACCACAACUGCGCCCAGAUCUGCAGGCUCGAGCAUUUCUCCGGCGGCGACUGCCAGGGUUUCCGCCGCCGUUGCUUCUGCACCAAGAAGUGCUAGGGAAGGAGGCGAGGGAGUGAUGGUGGCGGAGGGGAGAAUGUGCGCGUCGCAAAGCCACGGCUUCCAGGGGACCUGCGUCCGGAACCACAACUGUGCCCAGGUCUGCAGACUCGAACAUUUCUCCGGCGGCGAAUGCCAGGGUUUCCGCCGCCGUUGCUUCUGCACCAGGAAUUGCUAGUUAUGACGAACGGUGCUCCCUGCCUGCCCGGCCGGUCGCCGCCCUCCUCUGUUUCGUGUUUCCCAGCUGUAAUAAGGCCAGGCUAGUUGGCGAGCUUCCGCCGGCCUCUUUUUUGCUACUUUCGUUUUUCCGCCUCUUUGAUUUGCUUUCUCCUCUUCUGUUCUGUGUUGUUGUUUGUUAUAGUUAUCGAUCUUUUUUUUGUUCAGCAAGAAGCAGACAAAUGAUCUAUCGGUUGCGCUACUUCUUUCUCAUCCUUAAUGUUUAGUUUUGCAUAUAUGGGCCGUUUUCAGAUCCAACGCAAAUGAGUUUCAU